GUAUGAAAAGCUCUGUCAGCCCCCAGGUUUCCUCAGAAGCCCUUCCUCAAGGCCAUGAAGAUGGACCGGCUUUGCCUCUUUGCUCUUCUUGCCCUCCUGAGCAUCCUGGUGGCUGGCACCCAGGGGAAUAAAGAGCUCUCUUGCAUCCUUGCAGUCCCUCCUGCCUUCUGCCUGGAGCCUCCCUACACGGGUCCCUGCAAGGCCCGUUUUCCCAGGUACUUCUUUAACGCCACCUCGAGGGAAUGCAAGGUCUUUACCUACGGUGGCUGCAGAGGGAAGAAGAAUAACUUCGGGGACAAAGAGGAGUGCCUGAGAACCUGCCGUGGGAAUGACCCACCACCUAAGAGCCCCAGGAGGGAGGAGGAGAAGGAGGAGGGGAAAAGGGUCUGCCGGCUGCAGCUGGUUGAGCAGCUGAUUGAGUUGUGCUGGGCCUGGAAGCUGCAUAUGUUCCUGGUUCCCACUGGGGCCAAGAGUGACACCUGA